AUGGACUCGCCACCAACUUUCGCCACACCAGACUUUAUGCAAAUCUUGAAGCUGAGGAGUGUGCAAACAUACAACGUCUCGAUAUCUGGAGGUCUCCCCCCCAUAUCGACAUCUUCUCCUGAAUUUGGAGAAAUAUUCAUUGGCCACCGCAUCCCUGAUGAUGCACGCAGUGUCCCCGCCAAGUUCAUCAAAGCCUGCUGGAGACUAUGCUUUCAUUCCGGUAUUGAUACCAUCAUAUCUGAGGAAGCCAUUCCGCUAUAUUUCACCCCUUGGGAGAAUUCGACUCAAUUCGUCGCGUGUCCUGUGGUGUGGGAUAUGACAGCAUUCGGCUUGGCUGACGCAAUUUAUAAAUUUUAUCGCUACAAUAACACCACCGAUACAUGGGAGGUCUCGACCAAGCGUCCUAUAGUCCCAGAGUACUCAAGGCUUUACAACUGCCAGGCUUAG